AUGGCUACCAACGGAUCAACAGCUCGACGUCCCUUGAUGCCCGGAGUCUACGUCCCCACGGUCGCCUUUUUCACUAGCCCGAACGAGGACGUCGAUGUCCCCACGGUUGAAAAGCACGCCGCCUACCUCGCACAGUCUGGAGUCGCCGGUCUCGUAGUCCAAGGAAGCAAUGGCGAGGCAGUCCAUCUGGACCGUGAAGAGCGGAAUAUCAUCACGGCAGCCACCCGCCGAGCGCUGGACGUCCACGGUGCCCCGUCCAUGCCGCUCAUCGUCGGAUGUGGCGCCCCCUCGACGCGGGAAACCAUCCAGUUCUGCAAAGACGCUGCGGCGGCCGGAGGCGACUAUGCGCUGAUCCUACCGCCAUGUUACUACAAGUCCCUGGUAAGCAGUGAAGCACUCUGUGACCACUUCGGCGCCGUGGCGUCCGCCUCGCCGAUCCCCGUCCUGAUCUACAAUUUCCCCGGGGCCUCGUCAGGACUGGACCUCAGCUCCGACGAUAUCCUGGCUCUGUCGCAGCAUCCGAAUAUCGUCGGGGUCAAGCUCACCUGCGGCAACACGGGGAAGCUGGCCCGCAUCGCAGCCGAGGCGAAACCCGAAUUCCUGACCUUUGGCGGGUCUGCCGAUUUCACACUACAGACCCUCAUCGCGGGCGGGGCCGGCAUCAUCGGCGGGGUUGCCAAUCUGAUCCCGCGCGCCUGUGUACAGGUGAUGGAGCUGUACCAGGCCGGUCGCGUGGAGGAGGCGCAGCGAGUGCAGGCCGUGGUGGCCCGCGCCGACUGGCAUGCGAUCAAGGGGGGAUUCGUGGCCGUCAAGAGUGCGCUGCAGAGUUACCGAGGGUAUGGAGAGUUGCCGCGACGGCCUUGCGUGGUGCCAUCGGCGGAGGAGCGGUUGGCACUUCAGGACGCAUUUAACGAGGGGAUGGAGCUGGAGCGGAAGUUGGAGAAGGCGUGA